AUGCCUCUGAAAGUAAUUAUCAUUGGGGCAGGCAUUGCCGGCCUAACAGCGGCUGUAUCUUUGCGACGCUCAGGCCACUUCGUCGAAGUAUGCCACCCUUUUUUUGUAACCAAACCAAUAUUGACCAUUCUUAAGGUGCUGGAGCGAUCUGCCUUUGCAGGCGAGGUCGGAGCAGCUAUCAAUCUCGCGCCUAAUGGCACAGCAACGCUCAUGGGCCUCGGUUUCGAUAUUGAGCGAGCACGGGGCGUCCCGGUCAAGAAUUGGGAUACAGUACACGGAACUAAUUUGAAUCGCAUCGCAUGCCAGGAUCUGAGUACAUCGGUAGAGCGGUUUGGAGCGCCAUUCCUGAGUGUUCACAGGGUAGACCUCCACGACGAGCUUCUGCGGCUAGCACAGGAGGGCCCCGGGGGCGCUACCCUUCAACUCUCUUCAUCGGUUCUCGAAGUCAACCCGGACGAAGGAUCUGUGAAAUUAGCGGACGGUUCUGUCAAGUAUGCUGACUUGAUUGUUGCAGCGGACGGGCUUCAUUCGGUCGCGCGUCCCGCGGUGGCUUCGCUGGCAAGCCCAAAAGAUACCAAAUUGAGCGCGUUUCGUUUUCUUCUACCGACAGAAAAAAUUCGCGAGCACCCAGUUGGACGAGAGCUACUUUCAUGGAAAGUGCCUGGCGCAUUAUUGCUGGGCGAUCCAGGUUCCGUCACCCAGGAGGAAGAACGACACCUGAUGUGGUAUUCUUGUCGCGGGCUCGCUGAAGACGUCAAAUGCUGGCCCCUGUUUGAGACAAGCCCGCUCUCCAAGUGGACAACGGGCAAACUUGUUUUGAUCGGCGAUGCCGCACACCCUGUAGGAAUAGUCGCGUCGGAUGUGCUCCACUGUGUUGCCGAGACUGACCAAUCCGAGCAGAUGCUUCCGUUUGGUGGACAAGGAUCCAAUCAAGCCAUUGAAGAUGGCGGCGCCCUCGGAUUAUUAUUAGCUGGUGUCGAUGAACCGUCAGAAAUUCCCCACAGACUCGAGCUGUUUGAGCGACUUCGAAUGCGACGUGCAACGCGUGUCCAGAUUCUGUCAUCUGUACGCGCCAAUCGGGAAGCAAUGGUCAAGGAGCGGGUCCAGGAGUUUAUGGAGGAAGGUGUUACAUGUGAGUCCAACCUUGGAAGUCGUGCAUGA